AUGAAACGUCAAACUAUCUUUAUUGUCGCUGCCUUAUUGUCAGCUGCUUUAACUGGUUUCUACACCUAUGAAGCCUUAAAGCACAAGGAAUUCAAGUACUCCGACAGAUUGAAAUAACUCGCUGAAGAAGUCAACAAUGCUAACACUACCUGGAAGGCUGGUGAGAACAUUAAGUGGAUUAACGCUGAUAUUGCUGGUGUUAAGGCUCAUUUGGGUGCCUUAGAAGGUGAUAACGGUGAAAACCUCCCUGUUUCUAAUGCUGUUAAGGCUGAUUUACCCACUGCUUUCGAUGCCAGAUAAUAAUGGGGUGACAAGUGUACCUCCUUAUGGGAAGUUAGAGACUAAUCUAACUGUGGUUCUUGCUGGGCUUUCGGUGCUGUCGAAUCUCUUACCGAUAGACAUUGCAUCCACCUUGGUCAAGACAUCAGACUCUCUGCCUAAAACAUGUUGACUUGUUGCGCUACCUGCGGUUAAGGUUGCAACGGUGGUUAUCCCGCUUCUGCCAUGAGCUACUACGUCAAGACUGGUUUGGUUACUGGUGAUUUAUACAACACCACUGGUUGGUGCCAAGCUUACAGCUUCGCUCCUUGCGCUCACCACGUCGAUACCCCCCUCUAUCCUGCUUGCACUGGUGAAUUACCCACCCCCAAGUGUGCUAAGACUUGCGACUCUGGUUCCGGUUAAACCUACACCGUCCACAAGGGUUCCAAGGCUUACUCUGUUGGUAAGACCCAAGAAGCCAUCAUGACUGAAAUCUAAACCAACGGUCCCGUUGAAGCUGCCUUCACUGUUUAUGAAGAUUUCUUAAACUACAAGAGCGGUGUCUACAAACACGUUACUGGUAAGGCUUUGGGUGGUCACGCCAUCAAGAUUGUUGGUUGGGGUGUUGAAAACAAUACUCCUUACUGGAUUGUCGUUAACUCUUGGAACCAAACCUGGGGUGACAAUGGUACCUUCAAGAUCUUAAGAGGCAAGAACGAAUGUGGUAUUGAAGCUCAAGUCGUUACUGCUCUCCCCUUAAACUGA